AUGCUAAUGCUCCUGUUGAACCUGGUGUUUUCGCUGCGUGUGGUCCUCGCGCAAGUGGAAACCAUCCUCGACAGCAGUGAGUACGACGAUCUGGGACUGCCGGCGACAACGGUACGCAAGCCACAGAUCGCCGGAUUUCUCGCGAGUGACGGAACCGACCUCUACCCAUCGAUGUCGAUGUCCAACGAUGGUCCUUCCUCCUCCUCCUAUCAACGUCCAGCGAUGGCGAAUUACGAAAGCAAUCCGUUCAUCGCACGGGCUGAGCUCUACCGAAAGGCUGCCGGUGCUCCACGACCACAAAGCCCUGUCCAGGGACAGCAGCAGCAACAACAGCAGCAGCAACAGGGCUAUGAUCCGCGCGACGGAACGCCCUACACGCGGGACAUCGCCGUCAAGCAGGGCAUCCUGCGGGGCUCUGUGCGCGUUAUGCACCCACAGUCCGGCCUGAAGAACGUCGACCGGUAUUUGGGCAUACCGUAUGCGGAGGCACCGGUCGGGUCCCGACGGUUCAUGCCUCCCAGUGCUCCCAUUCCCUGGAGUGGGUUGAAGAUGGCGACAAAGCUGUCACCGGUCUGCCCGCAGAACCUGCCGAGUCUGACCAACGCGAACAACAACUACUCCAAGGGCCGGUACGACCAGAUCAAGCGACUACUGCCCUUCCUGAAGUCGGAAAACGAGGACUGUCUCUACCUGAACCUGUACGUCCCGAGCUAUGAAGGCAUUGGACCGCAGAGCAAAUAUCCAGUGAUCGUGUACAUCCACGGCGAGUCGUACGAAUGGAACAGCGGCAACCCAUACGAUGGAUCCAUCCUGGCGAGCUACGGUCAGGUGAUAGUGGUGACACUCAACUUCCGCCUCGGCAUCCUCGGAUUCAUGAAGCCCGGCAUCAGCGACCACACGACGAGCAACUUUGGCCUGUUGGACCAAAUCGCCGCCCUGCAGUGGAUCAAGGAGAAUAUCGGUGCGUUCGGGGGCGACCCCAAGCUGGUGACGGUGAUGGGCCACAGUACGGGGGCAGCCUGCGUCAACUUCCUGAUGGUGUCGCCGGUGGCCAAAGGCCUCUUCCACCGGGCGGUCCUGAUGUCCGGUUCGGCCCUGUCGGACUGGGCGCUCACGCAACAUCCGCUCCAAGCAACCAUGCAGGUCCUGCAGGGACUGAACUGUCCGCUGAACGGCGAGAACGACGAGGUCACCGCGUGCUUGCGCCGGAAGCGCUACAGCGAAAUUCUGGGCGUAAAAACGGCCUCCCCGCAGUUCUCCACACGCUUCGGGCCCAUCGUGGACGGGCUGGUUAUCCCGAACCUGCCGCACAAAGUCAUGGGCCAGUACAGUGACAUUUUUAGUGGAUACGACCUGCUGUACGGCAUGACCGAGCUGGAGUCCUAUCACAUCCUGAAUGCGGUUGCGCUCACGUACGGCCUGCUGGAGAACGAAAGAGACCAUUUAUUGCGCUUUUACAUGCAGAAUCGGUUCGAGAUUCGGCCCGACCUCGCCCUGGCCGCCACACUCCGGGAGUACACCGACAUCUACAUGGAUCCGAACAAGGCCCUGGCCGACGAGCAUCGGGACAAUCUGCUCGAGAUACUGUCCGAUGCGCGCGUCGCCGCCCCGAUGGUCCAGACCGGGCUCUAUCUGUCGAAGGUCAACCCCAAGUGCUACAUGUACGUGUUCGGCCACAAUAGUGAGGCUGGGGAGUACGGACGGCUUUCCCAGAGCGUCGUCGGGGAGGAUCUGGCGUACGUUUUUGGAGCACCACUUGGUCAGGUUGGUCCAUUCCAGCACCACUACAACGCCCGCGAGCGACUGUUUUCCGAAGCAGUGAUGAAGUAUUUUUCCAACUUUGCCAAAACGGGAAAUCCAAAAGCACCGUGGAAAGACCUGUUUCUGAAUCUCAAUCCGGAAGAUUGGUCGUACUACGACGUCGACUGGCCGGAGUACAACAGCGUAAACCAGAGCUACCUUCACAUGGGCAUCACGCCCGUCGUGGGCCAUCGUUACCGGCAGAAGUACAUGAAGUACUGGAACGAGCAGCUCCCGGAGGAGCUGAAGAAGAUCACGAGCUCUAAGACUCACGCGCCGUACUCGGAUUUCUUCAAUCCCACCACGAAGGGUAUCGCUGGGCAGGGGAGUCGCGUGCGGGGAGGUACCACACCGAACCCGGACGCGUAUCCCACCGGGCACAUUAACGUCUAUCCGAUACGGGUGGACAUCGAGCGUCCGACGGAAGACCCGUUUAGGGAGCUGCUCUAUCGAAUGAAGGACCCGCUGGCUGGCCCGGGGAUGUACAAUGCUCCGGCGACCUCGUCCGUCGCCGCCAUUCCGUCCGGCCACGACAAGGGUCCCGCCCAGCUGGCCACGAGCGUUGAGCUGCAAAAGCACCAGAAACAUCUGCAGCAACAGCAACAGGGACGCGAUGGGUUCGGCCCGGACUCGGCGGAUCUGGAUGGCAACGCGGCGGAUCUAAUGAAGAGUGAGUCAACGCUCACGUUCCUGAUCGCGAUCGCCAUCGUGUUUCUGCUGUUCAAUAUCUUCGUCGUCGUGGCGUACCUCGUGCGGCGUCAUCUGGCGGCCAACCAGAGUGGCCCAGCCGGGCGGAAGGUGGUCAAGCGGAAGUACGACGACGCGAUGCUGGAGAGUGCGGCCGCUGCCGUCGUGUCCGGCGUUGCGUUGGGCGAAAAGGAAGACCCCUGUGGGCCACAUCACCCGCUGCACCAUCAUCACCAUCAUCAUCAUCUGCCCCAUCUGCAGCAAGGUGGUGGCGGGUACAUACUGGAGCACAGUCCCUCGACCGCGGCCAUGAUGCUGCGGAAGUCCAACUCCUACGAACCGGUGGCGAAGCAGCACUUCGUUGACCCACCGCCAGAGGGCGCACCGAUCGGUUGCUCAUCGGAAGCGGGUUCGCUUGGGCUCGAUGCGGUUGACUCGCACACGAAGGUUUGCGACUGGAUGGUGGCCUCGGCAGGCUGUCCGCGCGUUGUUCCUCCCGUCGUUCCUCCACACAAAAUCAGUGUGGCCAUCGACGCGACACCACAAGCGCGAAGUAACAGCGUCCUCCGGCAGGAACCGAUCGAGAUCACCAAGGCGAAGUCGUUCGAAUACGGCUCGAUGGACGAGGCGGACGGUUGCGACCUUCCCGACGGCCAACCAUGCUCUCACAGUGGAAGCCAGAGUACUGGCACUGGCAGCACAGCCUCGUCAUCCUACUCCAGCUCAGCCACAACGGAAGAAGCCAAACCAACGAUAUACUACAACUAUCCCGACCGACAGCCGCCACCUUUCGCAGCCGAGCACGCACUGGAGGAAGUCACCAGUUUCAUAGAGCCGGAACACGACCCUUCGAACGAUAUCAACGUGACGUGCCGGGAUGCGAGCAUUGAGAAGGAUCCGCUCUCACCGGAGGAAGCGCUGCGGGUGAUACAGAGGCGGAACUUCCCAAAGGUCCUACCGGAUCAUCCGCGCUCCGGUGGGGCAACCAUCGGCGCGUCCAUGAAGCGUCGCUCCCUGCCUCCACAGUCCCUGUACGGACCGCUUCCCCACGGCACGCACAGUUUACGUCGGGACGCGACGAACGGUGGCCGACUAGUUCCAGCCCCUCCGCCCCGCAUCUGCUCCACCCUCGGACGGCAGGCACGCACGAGCAAAAACUUUAUCAGCUCACCCCCUAUCGUGGCCGAAGAGCCUCCGGUUGCGGAAGAGCCCCCGAUCGCACUGAACACCCUCCACGUUGGGCCCCUGCUGCCGACGCACCAGGAGAGCACCUACAUGACCAUGUCCAGGCAGAAUUCGGUCAGCUCGGAGUGUGACCCUACCGUGCCGAGCCAGGAAGGAGACGAGCAAGAGGAAGCCACCCCACCGGUGGACAUUAUUUGCAUCGAACACAAGCCGGAAAGCCACUACAGUUACGUACGGCCCGUUGCGUUGAUGCGAACUCCGUCGUCUUUCAAGUGUCCCGAGUUGGUGCGACCGCUUGAUGACGGGGCACAAAGGGCGGUGGAUGGUGGUAGUCUCGAUGCUGAUGACGCUUCCCGGGUUCCCGAGCGGGAUAAACUAAGUUCCGAUUCGUCCGCCACCGAUACUACUUCCGGAAGCACCGGAACGAUCAAGAAACUGUAG